AGUAAACGUCAGAUGACUAUUUCGCUUCGUUGUUUCUGUGUCUGGCUCUAGUCGGAGCGGGUGGUUUUCAGGAGGGAAACUUUACAAGGUUUAACUGGAUUCGAGCACGAUUAAUUCAUUUCGCUUAAUUACCAGAGCAAGUGCAGCCAUACUGAAAGGAGUCCGCAAACCAUGUCAGGCAUUGCAUUGAGCCGGCUUGCCCAGGAGCGCAAGGCAUGGCGGAAGGACCAUCCUUUUGGAUUUGUUGCUGUACCAACGAAAAAUCCAGAUGGAACCAUGAAUCUCAUGAAUUGGGAAUGUGCUAUUCCCGGCAAGAAGGGGACUCCGUGGGAAGGAGGCCUGUUCAAACUGCGCAUGUUGUUCAAGGAUGACUAUCCGUCUUCACCCCCAAAAUGUAAAUUUGAGCCUCCACUUUUCCAUCCAAAUGUCUAUCCAUCAGGCACAGUAUGCCUAUCGAUUCUAGAGGAGGACAAAGACUGGAGACCGGCCAUCACAAUAAAGCAGAUCUUAUUAGGCAUCCAGGAACUCCUAAAUGAGCCAAAUAUCCAGGAUCCAGCCCAAGCAGAGGCUUACACAAUCUACUGCCAAAACAGAGUAGAAUAUGAAAAAAGAGUUCGAGCACAAGCCAAAAAAUUCUCCCCCUCGUAAGGGCGAAGACUUGCUCCGCUGCAGCAGAAGGAAUGGGUUUAACAAGAAUCACCUCCCCUCUCAGUCUCUCGAUGAAUGUGCUCCUCUCACACCGGGACUUGCUUAAAGACUUCUAUUUAAACUCCACACAUUCUGUGCCAUCCGCUCUCUUCUGACCUUUCAUUUUUUUUGUUCUUAAUUGCCGGUUGGUGCAUAAUGCUGGGAGGGGAUGGGUGCUUCAGCACCCUGGUUAUUUCUUUUUAAACAUUAAUUGUCUUAUGUGGUGCAAGGGACACAGCUCGGUACCAGCUUGAUCAACACAAUGCAGGCUGGCUGUCAUCAGUGUUCAAGGAAGAAAAUGUCUUUUUGUUUAUUUUGCUCUUUCACAGGGUCUGUUCCUUGGUUUCCCCUUUUAUUUUCCAUAAAAUUAAUGUAAAAUUAGCUUAUUUCAUUGUCAGUAUUUCAACUGCUGUAUAAUGAAUGGCACUUUUAUACUGUUGUAUCUCACUAGUGUCUCUAGAUGGCUCUGUCUAAUUCUCUUUCCCAAGUUUUCUAUUCAGCAUGCUGUAAAAUAUGAUAGAAUCUGCUGCCUUGGCUGUCUUUUUGUUAUUCAGAGUGUUUGCUAUGGAAUAAAUAAAAAUGGCCACAGUGACUGAGGCAGGUAGGCUUACUUCUGUAUCAGACUUUAAGGUUAUAUGGUGCUUUGUUCAUGUAUGUGUUGGCGUAAAUAAAACUUUCUACAAAC